AUGUCAUUGAUAUCAAAUAUUGUUAUUUCAGAAAAAGAGUGUUCAAAUGCUACCAACCUGAUAACUCGAGAUCGUUCAUUAUGGUAUAGUAGUUACAAUGACAUAAAAUGCGAUCUUGGACUUCAAAAUGGCUGGUACAGAUUUACUGGUCAUGCAGGAACUGAAAUCGCCACGUCAUGUGUUGCAAUGCAUCACUGUGGUACCCAGUACCCUGGUUGGCUUCUUGGUAGCCAUCCUGCAGCCACAGAUGGACGGGUGAACAAGACAGUUUGUUUUACUAAAGACAGCAACUGUUGUUACUGGUCUACCAAUAUCACUGUGCGUAACUGCAGCGGGUUCUACGUCUAUGAGUUUAAAAAGAAUCCUAACUUGUGUCCCUACAGAUUUUGCGGCCAGGCAGCUGGAGAUUGUYUUGAUAAAGCUGGAAACGUCUUCUCGAAAGGCCAAGUUUUUGACACAAACAACCUACARAAAUGCKUUUGUCGUCAAGGCAACAWCCUAACGUGCUCAAAACCAGCUGAUGGUUGCUGGGACUAUGAUGGAAUUGCACAUGACUUUCAAGAUGUUUGGCUGUUGAGAGACGGAAAGACGGUUUGCCAGUGUACUUUAGAUGGAGCUUCAUGUGUAACUCAGUCAGGUCGCGUGUGCAUUGAUGACAAGAAGCUAGUAAGAAAGCAAGGAAGUACUUGGUUUAUGUCAAACUGUACCAACUGUACUUGUGUGGAAGGAAAGGUUGUUUGUACACAACAUGACAUAAAAGCAUUCUAUGGUCGUACAGUUGUGAAGCGGCAAACGUGUUACCUUGAAGAAAACCCAGUUUGUUUGACUGGAAACGAGACAUUUASAAACAAAAGAGAUUGUAAAGGUAUGAUGGAAGAACCUAUAGUAGGUGUUCACAUGCUAACUACAUGCUCUCGGUGA